CAGUUUAAGCAUGGGGCUGUGUAAAUGUCCGAAGAGGACAGUAACCAAUUUAUUCUGUUUCGAACAUCGAGUUAAUGUGUGCGAACAUUGCCUUGUGGCGAAUCAUUCGAAAUGUAUUGUGCAAUCGUAUCUGAAGUGGCUAGAAGACAGCGAUUACAACCCAGUCUGCGGUUUAUGUGAUGUUAAACUCGCUGAAGACGAUCCCGGACCUACUGUGAGACUGUUAUGUUACCAUGUUUUUCACGCUGCUUGUAUGGACAAGUAUUAUUCGACACUCCCCCACAAUACUGCUCCGGCUGGUUUUGUCUGCAAUACGUGCUCUGAACCAUUAUUUCCCCCUCGGCACCAGGGCGGCCCUGUAUCAGAAGCCCUGCGUUCAUACCUGAGCAAUAAAACAUGGGCAAGAGAAGGACUUGGACUGCCUCUCUUUGAAAACCAGGCUACGAAUGACCGGUAUCAGAUGAAAAAUGAAUCCGCGAACGAGCGCGAGAAAAACCAUGGAGAUGAAACAGAAAAUGACGAUAAUGAUACCAAUCCAAGUGAAAUCGUCAACAUCGUUACUCACCACCCAGCCUUCAUGCCUACCAACCAAGUAACGUCAUCGCCUGAAUCUUCAUUCCGUGAGAAAAAUUCAGACCGAUCCACAAGAAUUGAAUCAGAAGUGUUCAUCGCCAAGGGCCAGCAUACAGACAACGAUGAAAACAAAUACGCCAGGAAAAGUAUUUUCACGCUCAUAUCCAAUCUUCUCAAAGCACAUCAGAUAAAUCUGUCGGUUUCUUCUCAGAGGCUUCCGUCGCGUAAACUCGCGCGAUUUGGAAUUUAUGCCGCUUUUUUAUUCCUUUUUGUAUUGACGGCUGUAGCAAUACUACAAACGCUCAGUCAUUACGUGAACCCAGAUGACAAUCAAGAUCCAAUGUUGAACCCAAGACUGAAUCCCAAUAUAAAAAUUGAAAGCGACUUACCUCGUUGAAUUUGACAUAUCGCAAAGGGAAAAAAAUUAAUUAAUGGUGAUGUCAAUAACAAGUUGUUGACAAGCUUUGAUGCAAUAAAGUUUAAAUCGGUAUUUAUUUUUAAUUAGACCAUCGAUUCUAUUGUAUUUUCAAAAACGCGUGAAAAUAUUUGUCAGCAAUGUCUUGUCAAUACUCAAUGACCGUACUUAAUUUUGGUGUUAAAGUGAUGAACUUGGUGUUAAAAUGUAAAUACGAAAUGAUGAAAAUAUAUACAUAUAUUUUUCUGGUUGGCGAAAUUUAUUCCACUUAUAAUUAUCACAGAAAUUUAUCCAAUUCAAUUUGUCUUGCUGU